CGCUCGCCUCCUCUGCCCGGCCCCCCGCCUGUGUUUCGGACCCGGGCAGCCAGCAGGGAGAUGCUGCCGUGGAAGAGAAACAAAUUCGAGCUGAUCGAGGAAGACCCCAAGCAGGCGGCCAAGGCCAAGGGCUAUGCAGUGAGCCUCAACUAUUCGGCGCUCACGUCGCUGGCCAAGGCGUGCCCGGAGAGCGCCCUCAGUCGCGUGGGCAGCAUGUUCAGGUCGAAACGCAGAAAGGUCAAGAUCACCAGCGAGGACCCCACGUACACCGUGCUCUACCUGGGCAACGCCACCACCAUCCAGGCCCGCGGCGACGGCUGCACCGACCUGGCCGUGGGCAAGAUCUGGGCCAAGAGCGAGGCGGGCAAGCAGGGCACCAAGAUGAAGCUGACCAUCAGCGCGCAGGGCAUCCGCAUGGUGCCCGCCGACGAGCAGGCGCCGCGGCGCCCGGGCCACCUCUAUCUACUGCAUCGCGUCACCUACUGCGUGGCCGACCCGCGGCUGCCCAAGGUCUUCGCCUGGGUCUACCGGCACGAGCUGAAACACAAGGCGGUGAUGCUGCGCUGCCACGCCGUGCUCGUGGCCAAGGCGGAGAAGGCCAAGGCCAUGGCUCUGCUGCUCUACCAGACGUCGGCAGCCGCCCUGGCCGAGUUCAAGCGCCUCAAGCGGCGCGACGACGCGCGCCACCAGCAGCAGCAGCUGGUGGGCCAGCAGGGCAUCCCUCUGGUGCCCCUGCGCAAACUCCUGCUGCACGGACCCGGCUGCUACAAGCCGCCUGUCGAGCGUAGCCGCAGCGCUCCCAAGCUGGGCCCCAUCACCGAGGACCUGCUGGGCGAGCAGCAGGAGCAGCGGGAGUGGGAGCUCGGGCAGCGCCACGCCGACCACGGCCGCAGCCGUCGGCCGGACGGGGAGGGCGACGAAGAGGGGGUCGACAAUGACAACGAGGAGGACCCGGCCCUGGACUUCGACCUCGCCCUGGACGGCGAGGCUGAGGACGUUGACGGAGACUGGGACGAGGACGGGGAGGCGUCGCCGCCGCCCCUCGGUGCCUCGCCCUCGGAGUACAGGGACCUGUUGGACAAGCUGGCUGACGGCGAGGACGGGAGGCGCGAGCUCGGCGGACUCCUGGGCCCCCUGGGCGAGCUCAGCAUCGGCAACGACGUGCGGAGCCUGCGGGCCGACCUGCGCGUCACCAGGCUGCUGUCCGGCGAGAGCACUGGCAGCGAGAGCUCCAGUGAGAGCGGCGGCCAGGACCCGGCGGGGCUCGCCAACGGACUGGGCGAGGCACGCCCGGAGGCCGGCCCGGCCUGAGCUCCUACUUGGACUGCGGCCGCCCUUGCCGCCGCCGCUGCUGCUGCUCCCAUCCCUCCCGCCCCCGCUCCCUGUCCAGCCCCGUGAGUCCCGGCUGGUGCCCGAGCACAAGUCCGGGGCGGCAGCCGCAGCCGCAGCCGCAGCGGCAGCGAGAGAGCCAGCCGGCCCAGCCGGGAGCUCUGACCACCGGGAUCUCCCUUAGGGCGCCCGACGGAUUGGGAGGAGGCACUAGGCGCUUCUUUGGGCUGCCUCUUGGUGCGGGGAGAGGGAAAGGCUGAGUGUGUGCGUGUGUGAGCGUGGGGGAGGCUUGUGCCUGGCACUCCGUAAAGCACCCCGACUACCUGCCGGGCUGCGGGUCACUGUCCCUGGCUGCCUCCUGGGCCAUCCCUCUGGCCUCCUCCAUCUCCGGGCCCUCGCCUCGUCCAGGCAGCAGCGACCCAGAGACAGACGGACUGACAGAGGCCGGCGGGCGGCCGAGCGCGGGAGCCGGGAGCCGGGGGAGGGAGGGGAAGGGAGGCCGCGCAAUUGUUGCCCAGUAGGCUUCUGUCAUCUCCGGAUGACUGAGAAUUUCCUGUUUUUCUCGGUAACUGGGGAACGACAGAGGAGGGGUUAACUUCCUUUCUCCGCCGAGGCCGGCCAGCCGCUUCGGGGCACUUUCCCGUCUGUUUCCAUCUCCCAAAGCGAACCUGUGUGUGCCCGUGUGCCUGGGCGUGUGCAUGUGC